AAAAACUCAGAGGUGAUCUGAGAGAGCGUCAGUCGCAACACGGGCUACACAAAGAGAAAGUCGAGAGAGCAGCUGUUCCUCUGUUAAGAAACAAACCCAGUGUUUUACACAACAUGAGAGCUGCGUCUUACACCCAGAAGAGCCUGCAGGUUAGCGGCUCCAGUGGCAGAGUAAGGGUUCAGAGCCCGUCGCCUUCCCGGUGCCGUGGAUCCUCAUUUGACAGCCGUGGACGCUCAGGUUAUCGAGGCACUGCCAUCGAGGUGGGCACAGAGAUACAUCAGCAACAUGCCAACGAGAAAGAGGAGAUGCAGGAACUCAAUGUCAAAUUUGCAGGAUACAUCGAGAAGGUCCAGGCUUUAGAGCAGAGAAAUGCUGCUCUCAACGCUGAGCUGGCUGCACUGCAGAGCCGCUACAAGGGAGGCCCCACAGGCCUCGGAGAAGAAUAUGAGCUCAAGUUUAAAGAGGUGCGGGACCUGAUUGAAGCCCUGACUAAUGAGAAGGGGGCAGCUGAUAUAGAACGAGGCUACAUCGAAGAAGAAGUUGAAGUGUGGAGACUAAAGCUGGAGGAGGAGCUGGCUCUCAAAGAAGAGGCAGAGAUGAUCCUGAGGGAGUUUCGCCAGGAUGUUGACAAUGCCACACUGCAGAAGGCUGAGCUGGAGAAGCGUAUAGAGCAACUGGUGGCUGAGAUAGAGUUCCUCAAGAAGUUGCAUGAUGAAGAGGUGGCUGACCUCAUGAAGCAGAUUGAGGACUCAAAGAUUACUGCAGAUUUGGAUGGCGAUCGGCCUGACCUUGCUGCUUAUCUGCGCAACAUGCGAGCAGAAAUAGAAGCUGUCGCUGCCCGCAAUGUCCAGGAGGCUGAGAAGUGGUACAAGAGCAAGUUUGACACCCUGAAGGAGCAUGCUGGCAAACACGAGGAGCAAAUGAAGACCAUGAAAGACGAGAUCACGACCUUCCACAACCAAGUGACAGACCUGCAGAACCAGAUCGAUGGUCUGAGGGCUCGCAACGCAGCCCUGGAGCAGCAGCUGGAGGAGAUGGAGAUGUCCCACAUGGAUAAGGUCGGGGGUCUCGAGGGUGUCAUUGCUCAGUUGGAGGCCCAGCUCUGCGAAACCAAACUGGAAAUGACCAAGUAUCUCCAAGACUACCAGGAACUCCUGCACAUUAAGCUGAAGCUGGAUGCUGAGAUCGCCACCUACAGGAAGCUGCUGGAAGGGGAGGAGCAUAGGCUUGGGAUUGCCAAAGAUGUCUAAAUAUCCAGGAUGAAAGGAGCCACAAGUCCAAAGCAGCCACAGAGAAGACCAGCAGAGCAGUAUGAAGCAGAGAGAUCAGCUCAUUAUAGUGAAAAAGACUUCCCUAUCUUACCCAUUCUUUCCCUAUUUUACCAUCCCUAUUCCCAAGGUCUGGGUAUGAAAUGUUUUGCUACCAAUGGCGAUUUGACCCGAGUUUCAGUACGGACACCAAAAUUUGCCUAAAAUGUUGUGAUUCAUUUUUAUUCAGUUAAAAAAUCAGGAAGUACCUGAUCAAAAAAUAAGGAAACAAGAUUAUAAAUCUGACCAAACAUUUGAUGCUAGCUUUCUGUACUUGACAAUUUUGCGUACUUGGCGCUAGAGACACAUUUCGCUCGGUACCCAAGCAGUACUGAGGUUUGAUACCCAGCCCUUACUUACUUUACCACACCCUGACCCCAUUAUGCGUAUGUCUUUGCUUACAAUGUCUGCUUGCUUCCCAGUUCUUCCCAGUCCAUUUUACUUCAAAGUUUACAUCAUUAUCUUUAUACAACCUUCCUGCCACUUCUUUUGCCUUUCCCUAAUUAGCUCCACCCUGUCUCCUACAGUACAGGUCUCCUUAGUCAUAGCCUGUACUCCUUUCCCUACAGCACCACAGCACUGAAUCCACUUUCCCUUUUUUCCCUGUCAAAUCAACCCCUGCUACGUCUGAUCAUUUUUCUUCGUCACUGCUUCUCUUGAAGCAACGUCAAGAUCCCACCUCCUUUACAAAAAACACUUUGUCUUGCUGUAAUGUCUCAACCCGAACAAAGCAGAACAAAUGCCAUUAAUGUUAUCACUGGUCUUUACAUUGCCCCCUGAUUAUUCCAAAUGUUUUGACAAGACACAACUAUUGACCAUUUACACCAAUGUAACUACUGUUCCUUAAUAAAGAUUGAAGUGAGUGCAUACAAAAUAAUGCAUUGAUCAUUUUUCUUUC